AAUAAUGAACCUGGUGGAUAUUAAUUGGUCCGACUGUUUAAGCUAAAAAGCCUGAAAAAGCAGAGCAAUCAGAGGGAAUAGCUUUAGCGUGUAACUGUUAAUUUAAUAAGCUUAUGAUGUCGUUGGCUAUUAGUUGGAGGCUGACAGUAGUGUCAGUCCCACUGAGCAAACGACGUUGUUCCAGCAGAUAUGGAAGUGGCCGGUUUCGCUGCUCAGCUGAAGCUGAUUUGUCAGACCACAGUAAUGGAGGAGAAAGCAUCGAGAGGAGGAAGAAGGUGGUUGUCGUUGGCUCUGGCUGGGCUGGCCUCGGAGCAGCUCACCACCUCUGCAACCAGGAAUUUGAUGUCACGGUUCUUGAAGGCGAUAAUGGUUUUGGUGGUGUGGAAGAUGUUGGUAAUCGAGGAUAUUGGUAUCCCUACAAGAACAUCUUUAGCCUUGUUGAUGAGCUAGGCAUCAAACCAUUCACCAACUGGACAAAAUCUGCUCAAUAUUCCGAAUACGGAUUGGAGGUUGAGUUUCCAAUAUUCCAAGACCUGCCUCAGUUGCCAAGUCCUUUAGGAACUUUAUUCUUUACCCAAUUUUUUCAGCUCCCAGUAGCCGAUAGAUUUACAUCACUCCCCUUAAUGGCUGCAGCUAUCGACUUUGACAACACAGAUACGGCAUGGAGAAAAUACGAUUCAAUUACUGCGAGGGAGCUUUUCAAGCAGUUUGGGAGCUCAGAAAGGCUGUAUAAGAAUGUGAUUGGUCCAUUGCUUCAAGUUGGUCUGUUUGCUCCACCAGAACAAUGUAGUGCUGCUGCAACUCUGGGAAUGCUAUACUACAUCCUUGCUCAUCAGAAAGAUUUUGAUAUGCUAUGGUGCCGAGGGACAGUUAGAGAAAAGAUUUUCGAGCCAUGGAUAGACUCCAUGAAGACUAAAGGUUGUGAAUUUAUAGAGGGAAGGAAAGUAACCGGUGUCUCCGUCAAUGAGGAGACAGGCUAUGUUUCAGCAGUAACUUGUGGCACAGAGACAUAUAAUGCUGAUGCAGUUAUUUUGGCUGUUGGAAUCUCCACACUUCAAGAUCUUAUCAAAAGCAGAGUUGACUUUGGAAUCAUGUAUAGUGCAGUGCUAUGUGCAAGAGAGGAGUUCCUCAAGGUUCUCUACUUGGAUAGCAUUGAUGUAGUUAGUGUGAAACUUUGGCUUGAUAGGAAGGUUAACAUUCCAUACGCAAACAAUGCUUGCUCGGGAUUCGACGAUUCCUUCGGAUGGACUUUCUUUCACUUGAACGCAAUUCAUGACGAGCACAAAGACGGUCCAGUAACAGUGUUGCAGGCUGAUUUUUAUUAUGCCAAUGAGUUGUUGCCGCAGAAGGACGAGUAUAUAGUUGCAAAAGCAAUGUCAUACCUCUCAAAGUGUGUCAAAAACUUGGUGAAUGUUGCAGUCACGGAAAAUGAGAUUAAAAGAUUUCCGAAAUCCUUGACUCACUUCUUUCCCGGUUCAUACAAGUACAUGUUGCGGGGGUCAACAUCUUUCCCAAACCUGUUCAUGGCCGGAGACUGGAUUAUAAACCGACAUGGUUCGUGGGCACAGGAAAAGUCUUUUGUCACGGGACUUGAAGCAGCCAAUCGCGUUGUGGAUUGUCUGGAAGAAGGAAGCUUCGCAAAGAUAAUACCUGUAGAGGAAGAUGAGCCUCACAUUGAAGCUCUUCGGAGCCUCAACAGAAGGUUUAACGAAAUUAGAGCCCAACUUCCAUUGUCGGAUUAUUUUCUCUAAGGCCCUUAAGUUAACUAGUAAUUCUGUUGUUGUAUAGUUAUGAUUUGUCACCUUUCUUUUUUACUCCCAAAGAAAAGCACCCAUGGCCGCACAGUCCUGUGAUUAAUAAAUAAAAUAAAAUAGACCAAGCAUGAUUCAUGUGAACAUAUAUGAAAAGCACUCUGCCACUC